CAAAAACGGCAAAAAAAAAAAAAAAAAAAAGUUGCAGCAACCUUUUACUCGUUUUGCGUGAAGAAGCAGUGAACAAAAAAAAAGCGAAAAGAGAGUGAGAGAAGUAGAGUAAAAACGACGAUAUAUACGGGAAAUCUCAGGAUCUCGAUCCUGUUCUUGGUUUUUGUACUUUCAGUACUCUCCAUGGCGACGAAGCGUCAUCAUUUUGAGCUCGCGAAAGGCAUCAAUGGCCUUGAUAAGAUCGUCCUCCGCGAGUCUCGCGGCCGCUCUGCCGAGGUAUACUUGUAUGGUAGUCAUGUAACUUCUUGGAAGAAUGAGAACGGAGAGGAGUUACUUCACCUCAGUAGCAAGGCCAUAUUCAAGCCCCCAAAACCUAUUCGUGGAGGGAUUCCACUAUGCUUUCCACAAUUCAGUAACUUUGGUACACUUGAAUCACAUGGAUUUGCUAGAAAUAGGAUUUGGGAAAUUGAUGCUAGCCCGCCUCCUUUGCCAUCGAAUUCUUGUUCUAAUGCAUUUGUUGACCUGAUCCUAAGGCCAACUGAAGACGAUCUGAAGAUCUGGCCUCACAAGUAUGAUUCUUCAAAGACUCGUUCUCUAUAUUUUUUUCAAAACAAUAGGCUUUUAUUAAAUUUAAACGAAAAAUAUCUCACAGAGAGCAUUACUAACUUUCUUUCAUCUUGGUGGGUUCAUUUCAGUUUUGAGUUCAGGCUGAGGGUAGCCUUGGGGACCGAAGGAGAGUUAACUCUGACAUCUCGUAUCAGGAACACCAAUUCUGAUGGAAAGCCGUUUACAUUCACAUUUGCUUAUCACACCUAUUUCUCUGUCUCUGACAUCAGUGAAGUACGGGUUGAAGGAUUGGAAACAUUGGAUUAUCUUGACAACUUAAAGAACAGAGAACGUUUUACUGAACAAGGCGAUGCAAUAACUUUUGAAUCUGAAACUGACAAGAUUUAUCUAAGCACGCCUACAAAGAUAGCCAUCUUGGACCACGAGAAAAAGAGGACUUUCGUUAUUCGCAAGGACGGGCUUGCUGAUGCUGUGGUGUGGAAUCCUUGGGAUAAGAAAUCAAAGACGAUCUCUGACUUGGGAGAUGAAGACUAUAAGCAUAUGCUUUGUGUGGAAGCUGCAGCCAUCGAGAGACCGAUCACAUUGAAACCAGGGGAAGAAUGGAAAGGAAGACUCGAACUCUCUGCAGUGCCUUCUAGUUACUCCAGUGGACAGCUUGACCCCAAGAAAGUCCUUGAGUGACUCUUUCAAACUCCAAAAUUAUCAUAUUUCUCUUCUCUUUAAACGCAGGACCAUAAAAACCAGUGAAGGGAGGACUUGAAGAUCAUCGGAUAUACUAUUAAAAGAAACUGAGAUUGAAUAAAAUUGUUGCAUAAUGCUUCUUGGUUCUCUCUGUUGUAACCACAGACAAUAAACGAUUUGAGGAUCAAGACAAGAGACUUCCACCUGAAAUUUUCUAAAUGUCCGCUAGAUUUAUAUAUUUCAUGGUUAAUUCGAUACUAA